GCUAGAGAUCAGUCUGCUGUUGAAUCUCAAAGCUUAAACAUCUAUUGAAUUAAAUUUUAAAGCGGUUUUUAAAAAAGUUUUAAAUCAAAACAAUGAAGCUUUUACAAGCUUUGCUUGUUGCUGUGAUCUGUGCGAUCUCUUUAGCUGCCCCCAAUAACGAAACAGAUGCUAGAAAUUUUGUCACCAAAGCCAGUGAACGUUAUUAUAAUCUUUAUAAUAAAAUAGCAGCUGAAACCUACUCCUCCAUAGAUGAUGAAGACUUUGAGGAAAUUUUCAAAAAAUUAAAUAAUGUCAAGACUAUUUCCCAAGAAUUGGUGGAGAUUUCUCAAGAUGCUGCCGAAUUUGAUUUGAACAAAAUAAAAGAUCCUCAACUUAAAAGAGCUUUAAAGAAGCUGCGCAAAGUUGGAAAUCUGUUUGUUUUGGGAGAAGAUUAUUUUUCAUCUUUCCUAUUGAAUUUGAACUCAUUGAAAAGUCUAUCGACUGAUAAGGAUAUAGAACCUUAUUUGGGUGGUAUUAAUAUGCCAGAUCAAGAUGACAGCCCCAUAGCUUACUAUCCCGAUAUACAAAAGAUCUAUGAGACUAGCAAUGAUGCAAGUGAGCUGAAAUACUAUUGGGAGACCUGGAGAGAAAGAAAUUCUAUAUGGGCUUCCGUCAACUUCUAUACAACAAUAGAAGGCAUACAAAAAGCUGCCGAAAUUUCAGAACAACCUGUCUUGGAACUAUAUUAUAGUCAAUAUGAAAACAAAGACUUUUUGAAAGUGAUGCAAAAAGUUAUGGAUGAAAUAAUGCCGGCCUAUAAACAAUUACAUGCCUUUAUACGCCAUGAAUUGCAUAAGAAAUAUGGCAGCGAUGUUAUAGAUCCUAAUGGUCCCAUACCAGAUCAUUUGUUUGAACAGGUGCUAUCACAAGUCUGGAAGGAAGGCAGUGUUAUUGAAUCCUAUUUCCCCUUCAAAGAGUUGCCUCCCUAUGAUGGCUUUGUCAAGAAUUACGAUGCCAAAAAAGUUCUACAAGAAGCUCAACAGUUCUAUAAAUCAUUAGGCUUCCCCGAUCUUGAUGAAACAUUUGUUAAAGAUCAACUCAAGGAACAUGAUGAAUCGACAAACAUAGGCGAUUGUCGUGCUGAUAUUUUCGAUUUAACUCCUAAGGUUUAUAUGAAAUAUUGUCCUAAAGUGGACUUUAGGAAAUUCAUGCAAAUGCAUGGCUAUAUGAGUCGCAUACACUAUGCCCAGGCAAAGAAAGAUUUACCAGCCUAUUUCUUUAACUCAUACGAUUUGGAAUAUCCCGUAGGUGAAGCUGUUAUAUUAUCAGCUUGUACACCCAAACAUUUGCAAGCUAUAGGUGUAGCCAAGGAUUUCACUUUUAGUGAUAAAACUCUUAUGAAUCGUCUUUUCCGCAUGGGUAUUCACACCAUAUUGAAUGUUCCUUUGUUCUUUGUCCAUAGCAAAGUUGUACAUGAUUUAUUGAAUAAUACUAUCGAUAUGGAUGGAGCUAAUAAACAUUAUUGGAAAUUAAUGCAAACCUAUGUGGGCACUGAACCUCCCUCAGAUCGUGAAGAAGGUUCUAUAGAUUUCCCCUAUAAAUUCUAUUUGGAUUUGGAGCAAAAUUAUCAGACCAAGAAAUUCGUCUCUGAAAUAUUGGGUUAUCAAUUUUAUAGAGCUUUCUGCCAGAAAGCGGGUCAAACAGGUCAAUUGCAUAAUUGCGAUUUCUACAACAACAAGGCGGUGGGCGAUGAUUUAAAAUCGAUGAUGUCAUUAGGUUCUACAAAAUCAUGGCAUGAUGUUAUUGCUAAAGUUUUGGAUAAACCAGAUAUAAGUGGUGAUGCUUUAUUGCAAUAUUAUGCACCGAUGUUUGAUUGGGUUAAAGGUUUGAAUAAGCAAAAUAAAGUUAAAAUCGGCUGGAAUGAUAGUAAAAAGAAGGUUCUUUAGAUGAUGUCUAGAUAUGGUCUGGAAAUCUAUAUAUUUAAAAUUUUAAUAAUUUUGUUAACAAAGAUGAUUUGCAAACAAAUAAAAUUAAAAUUGUAAACCUUA